AUGGUGGAGGUCAAGGACAUUAUAGUACAAAUUGGAAGUGUUGUGGUGUUUUUAUUAGAGGUAUUCUUUAGAAAUUCAAUAACAUUUAUCGUUCAUGCACAAAGAACAUACCCUGAACUAACCAAUAUAUUAUUCUUAUUAAUUGGUGUUUAUAUUUUCUAUCGAGUAUUGAUUAGAGCAUUUAAAACAUGGUUUAAUUUCUUAAUCAUGACCAUUAAAACAUUAUUGGUUUUAUUUUUCAUUUUUCUUGUUUUCAUUAUUUAUAUACGUGGAUGGGAAAGAUUUAUUAAUCAAGAUUUGCCAUUUUUAAAAAAUUCAAUUUACCAUUUAUGGAAUUUAGGUAAUCAUGUUAAUGAAAAUGGAUUUAAUUUAUGGAGUUUGAUAAAUAAUGUUAAUUUUAAUGAUUUUUCUCAAAAAGCAGAAGAGAAGUUUAAAGAAAAUAUCAAUGAACCAAAUGCUUAUUUUGAAUAUAUGAAUAAUAAAUUUGGUAAUGAAGAUGGUGAUGAGCCUGAUUUUAAUGAUAUUCAAAAAAUGGUUGAAGAAGGAAUUGAUUAUUUACAAGAAAAUAUUGAUUUAAAUAAAUUUGGUGGACAUGUUCAAGAUUUUUUAAACAAUCUACAAUAA